GCGGCCGGGCGGGGCUCUCGGUCCGUGUCCGCUCCAGUCUCCGCCGCCGCGGUCCCAGUAAGCGUGUCCGGCCAUGGAGCAGCCGCGGAAGGCGGUGGUGGUGACCGGGUUUGGGCCUUUUGGGGAGCACACUGUGAAUGCCAGCUGGAUCGCUGUUCAGGAACUGGAGAAACUGGGCCUUGGGGACAGCGUGGACCUGCACGUGUAUGAAAUCCCUGUAGAAUACCAGACAGUCCAAAGGCUCAUCCCUGCGCUGUGGGAGAAACACAGCCCCCAGCUCGUGGUACAUGUUGGGGUGUCGGGCAUGGCCACCACGGUGACCCUGGAGAAAUGUGGGCACAACAAGGGCUACAAAGGACUUGAUAAUUGCCGGUUCUGCCCCGGCUCGCAGUGCUGUGUGGAGGACGGUCCUGAGAGCAUCGACUCCAUCAUUGACAUGGAUGCUGUGUGCAAAAGGGUGACCAUGCUGGGGCUGGAUGUGUCUGUCACCAUCUCCCAGGAUGCUGGCAGGUACCUGUGUGACUUCACCUACUACACCUCGCUCUACCAGGGCCGUGGCCGGUCAGCUUUUGUCCACGUGCCCCCAUUGGGCAAGCCCUACAAUGCUGACCAGCUAGGCCGGGCUCUGAGGGCCAUCAUUGAAGAGAUGCUGGGUGUUCUGGAGCAGGUGGAAGGGGACAUCAGCUGCUGUCACCAGCACUGACAGCCACACACACCCAGCGCUCUGAGAGGAGGUCCUGGCUCACACAUCCUCUCCUCGCCUUGGUGGACCGCAAGGCAGUGGAUGAAGCUGUCUGGAGACAUAGCUGCUGUCCCCAGAGGCCAAGGCUGGUACCAGAGCAAGAUGGCCACAGGCUGGUGGCCUGAACACCUGCUGUGCCGCUACCUGGCCCAGCACACUUUGCUUUCCGGGGGCUGUGGACAGGAGUCAGAGCUGUCUCUCUGUUGGGGUCUCACCAAGUGUUAGAAAGGAGUUGGCGCUAAUCCAUGUCCCUAAGCCCUAGAUGGUCCCUGGGAAAGCCACCUGGAGCUUUGCCUUUUCUGUCCCCUCCCCCCAGUCUUUCCCCACUCCCCUCUCCCUUUCUCCUCCUCCCCCCUCCAGUGCUAGAUUAGGGAGCAGAAUAAUUUAUAUCCCCAUUGUUAAAACUUCAGGCUUAAUCAACAAGUGUCUUUCUUUCUCCUAGGGUGUGAGGCCUCUUUUGCCUCCUGUCCUGAAAAUGCCAUCAUUCUUUGGGUCUCCAUAGUGGGUUCCCUUUGCUGUCGCCACCAAGGGCCUGGCCCUUCCCUGGGCCACACUGACCCAGCCAUGACCUUUUCUUUUCUUGUUUUAUUUUUGAUUUUUCAGAGAGGUUUGUUGUCAUUUUUUUUUUAAGUCAGGUUCCCGGGUUGCCCAGGCUGGCCCUUUGACCUUACUAGGUAACCCAGUUUAGACUCAUUUGAACUCCUCAUUCUCCUGCCUCAGCAUCCUAAGUGCUGGGAGAGUAAGGGUUUGGCAUCUCCCAGCGUCUGUGGAUAAACAGAUUCUCGUGUCCCCUGAGGGACCUGGGACCAGAGGCUGCGGUGCCCGGGCAUGUUCCUACAUGCUAUAUCAGUCAUUGCGACAUCUGUGAACUGUCUGGUGUGCCUGGGACUCCAGCCAGCCUUUGAACUUCAGGCCUGGAGGAGGGGCAGAUGGGACCUGUGGCCUGGACUCCGUCCAAGACAAAGUGCAGCUCCCGCCACCAGAAGCCACAUACAUUCUAUGGCUUUGUGGAGGGAAUGGUGAUUGGAUGAACCUGGAUUCUGGGGUGCUGCUCAUUCUGUACCGUUUUAUUGUUUGAGACGGGGGUCUCAUUAGCCCAGCCUGACCUCCAGCUCACUGAGUAGCUGAGGUUGACCUUGAACUCUCAACAUUCCUGCCUUGGCCUGCCCAGUGCUGGGCCUAGCUACUUUUCAGCUCAAAUGUUCCUUGUUCUGGCGUGAUUUCCUCAGGUCGUCUUCCUUGCUCACCCUGUGCGGAACAUUCCUGGCUCCAGGCGUCCCUGCCAUUCUGGCGCUCCCC